AUGCUGGUAAACCCUGAAAUCAACUCCUGUGAUGUGUCCAUUGAGCUGAAAAAUAUAUUAGACAACUGUGUAGCGCUAAAAGAGCUAAGGUUUUUUGACGGGGAAUUACUGUUUUACACAAGCAUAGAAAAUCGAGGCUCAAAGCCAAAAGAACAAGACUAUCAAGAGCAAAAGCAUGGAUUACGGGUUCUGGAGUUAGACAACGUUCUUACAAGUGCUGAAAUGUUUAGCCACCUUUCUUUUAGGUGCAGGGGUCUGGAAUAUAUGGAGUUGAAGAGUACAAGUAUACAGAGUGUUAUUGGUACCUCUGGGAGGAUCCCGUUAUUGCUUCUUGAUAUGUCCUACUCUUCCUUUAAGGUUCUAAAACUCUUCGAUAUUAGGUGCACUUUAUCGGAAGACCAACUGUUGGAAAGUCGCUUUAUCAAGUUAAUACUUUUGUCUCAACUGAAAGACUCUCGAUCAUCAAAUGAAAAGAAAAAAUGUACGGAUUCAAGUUCUGCUGACAUAACACAUCCUUUUCGCAAUUUAACUUGGUUUAAACUCUUUCAUGAAAUUGAGGACGACGUGGACACCGACAUGAGACUACGUCAACUUCCAGAGCAAGAAUCUAGAAUUAUAUCCAAAUACUGUCGAUCUUCCGACCUCAGAGAAAGUGAUAAUUUUUUGAAAACCAAUACAUGGUUGAAUGGAGAGCUUUCGCAAGAUUUGGAAUCCGAUAUUCAGGAUGGUUAUGUUGAAUUAAGAUGUAAAAAAAUAGCACGGUGUCAUACUUCUUAA